AUGGUCAAGCUAGAGCCCAUCAAACAGAUCAUGACCGAUCGGGAGAAGCAUAAUGAUGCAGGUUUCAAGGCACAAUUUCAGACCCAUGGAUGUGAUGGAUUCACACUACUUCAAGGCUCAACAACAAUGUCAAAGGCUAAGCAAAUCAAAUCAGGAUUUGAUCAAAGACAAGAUUCGAGGACGAAUCUUUUUGAGAGUUUUAGUGAUGGUCAAAUGGGUGAGGAUGAGAUUGAGAUCGAUAUUAAUACUCUAAGUCAUGAAACAUUGUACAAAUUGCGUAAACUUUUGGAUAACUAUUUGCUAGAGAAGCAGAAAAACCAAGCAAAAGCUGAAUCAUGUGAAAUAAAGAUAGCAAGUUACCCUCCAGUAGCAAUAGAGAAGGGGUUAACCCAUAGAAAUAUCAAAUGUUGUAGUUCCAGUGGAUCUAGUGGUGAAUCAGGCUCUUCUUCUAGUGUUAGUACCAAGGGAGCCACCAUUUUUAGUGGAGCUGAUCGUAGUCAAAUGUAUGAAUAUGGAAAGAAUCUUGGCCUAUCAUUCCAAGUUGUUGAUGACAUAUUGGAUUUUACACAAUCAGCAGAGCAGCUGGGGAAACCAGCUAGUAGUGAUCUAGCUAAAGGCAACCUCACAGCACCUAUAAUUUUUGCACUUGAAAAGGAGCCAAAACUUAGAGAUAUGAUUGAAUUUGAGUUCUGCGAGACUGGUUCCCUUGACAAAGCAAUCGAACUAGUAAAGUAA